UCCGCCAAGCUGUCAGUCGUGUCCAUCCUUCGUCGGCUCAUCAGCUGCGAUCGGCACAGCCCGAAAGCCAGGGUUCCGCCAACAGCCUGCUUGCAGGUGCCACCCACCCGCCUGACAUCGUCACCACUGGCCCUCGCUCUCUCCACAAGACCCCGCGCCCUGCGCGCUAGCCGUCGCUCGCAUCUCGUACAAGACUCGACGGCUCCCGGCACCGCUGUGCUCCACGACCGACUGCCACCGCCUCACUUUACCAACCAUCAUGUCCGUUAUUUACAAGGAGCGCGAGCGCGAGCGCGACUGGGACCUGCAGUCGCGCUCGUCGCGCAGAGGUCCCAUUACCGUUCGCCGCUACAAGGUCCCCGACCGCUCUUACGACGACCUCGACUACGAUGAGACUCGCAUCAUCACUAGAGAGCGCGAUUCGGAACCCGAAAUCAGAAGGCGCAUAGUUAUCGACAGAGACGAGGAGCGCGAACGCGAGUAUCGCUUUGUUGAGCGCGAGACUUCACCACGCCAUGACGUUCAUGAGUAUCGCAUCCAGCGCGACGUGAUCGAGCGCGACCGUUCACCUUCCCCGCAUCGCGUUCGCGAGUGGCGCAUCGAGCGCGAGGUCGAGGAAGAACCUCAUGAACCAUACGCCCUCGAAAAAUACUCGAAAUCGACCGAGUACUUCUCGCGGCCCGAGCCGCCGCCGCAGCCUAUCAUCAUUCGGCAGUCAAAUCCGCAGCCAAUUAUUGUCCAGGAAGCGCCGGUGAGGCAGCAAAUUGUCUUGCGACGGGAAGAGCCUCACUACGAGUUUAUCGAGCGAUCCGACAUCGAUGAUCGUCAGGUCGUCAGACGUCCGCAAGAGGAAGACUACUACUACGAGCGCAGGGUGCGGGAGUUUGACCGCGACGACUACUAUGACGAGCGGGAGCGCGGCCGUGACCGGCGCGCCGAACAUGACUGGCAUAGCGACGAUGAAUAUGAAUAUGUUCGGAGGACCCAUGAAGAAUCCUGGGGCCGCGAUUCUAGCCCUCACCAUCGUCGGCACCUAGCUGAAGGUGUUGUCGCUGGUAUCGGAGCUGCCGAACUCAUUCGGCAUCACCGCAAGAAGCAAGGCGAGGAGCAAGGCCACCAUGUUAGGCAGGCAUUGGGCUAUGGCGCUCUAGGUGCUGUCGGUGCGGAGGCUCUCACUCGUGCCAAGAGCCACUUUGGCAGGUCUCGAUCCAGGUCUGAAUCUCGUGGCCGACACCACAGACACCACCACCGUAGCAGGUCCCGUUCUGCUUCUCGAACAAAGAAAGUUGCCGGUGUCGCUGCCCUUGCAGCUGUUGGGGCUCUGGCAUAUGCCGCCGGCCGCAGUGGAAAGGGCAACAACAUGGCCGCGAUCGAGCCCCGCAGAAGCCGGUCCAGAAGACGCCGGCACUCCGUGGGUGCUGUCAGUAACAAAAGUUACAGUCCUGAGAGAUCGAGGUCAAGAAGCAAACACCGUGAUCCCGAACACAAAAAUCGACGCAUGGCUCAAGCCGGCCUUGCCAGCGCUGCUGUGGCUGGAUUGGUCGAGAGAGUUCGCAGCAGAUCUCGAAGCCGCCACGGCCGCAAAGGCCGUAGCCGCAGCCGUCUCCGUACUGGAGCUCCUAUUGCAGCAGCAGGUUUGGGUGGGGCAGCGCUGGCUGGCCUGUACGAGAAGAAUCAGGCCAAAAAGGAGGCAAAGGAGGAAGAGAGGUCAAGAUCUAGAUCCAGGUCUAGAUCCAGGUCGGUACCCUCAGGAUCUCGGCGCGCUUCGGCGAGUGACCCUGCUCUUGUAGUAUACGGCGGUGAUCCUAUCUUCGUCGAGCCGGCCGCGGGCGCACGGCGCGGAUCUCGGAGUCGGAGCCAUCAUGACGAUCCAGCCGACUACCGGGGUAGACGCCGCGGCUCGUCCGUUUCUUCUAGCGAUUCCGGACGUAGACGCCAUAGCCGCUCGAGCCGCAGCCGAAGCCGAAGUCGCUCAAGAGCAGUAGCUGAAGCUGCUGCGGUCGCUGGUGCGGCUGGUUUAGCGGCCCACGAAGCUGCGAAGAGACGUGAGCGCAAGAGGGCGGAGAGGGAAAGAAAGCGGCAAGCAGAGGAAACACCUUACAGCGAAAACAGCUAUACACCUCCCCCUCUUGGUGGGUAUCCUCCUGGAGCAUACCCUCAUGAUCCAUACACUCCCCAUGAUCCUUAUCCGCACGAGCCGUAUGCACCUGUCGGCGGUGGCUAUCCUCCUGCCACUGGGCGGUACUACCCUGAAACCAACGAAUUUCCCCCUCCACCGACUGGUGCAGGCUAUCCUGUGCAACCUACUGCCAAUGCUCCCUACAAUCCGGCAGACUACGGCCCAACUCCUGGACCGACCCAGCCAAUGCACCAAGAGCCAUACUUCGCGCCACCGCCGCGUGCCGAGGAGCCCUAUGAUGGCCACGACCCCCGAUAUUCUCGGGGAGAGAAUGUGAGUGCUGCGUCUGCUUCUGAGCACCCCAAACGCGAUGGUCUAAAGGCACCUUCUCCAAGCGAUAUCUCACAGGCUCCCAAAUCACCGAAGAGCGUACAAUUUGACCUACCACCUGAGCAGCAACCGUCAGAUCGCGAGCGAGAACGAUCACGCAUGCAACAUGAUGACUUUGAUGACGACGUAUAUGACCUGCUAGACGGCGAAGAAAGAGGUCGGCACAGACGACACGGCGACCACGACUGCAAUGACGAUGCUCACGGCCGCCACGACAACCGUUCCGACUCACCUUCAUCUGGCUCUUCAAGCGAAACGGUCGAACUUCCACCACGGUUUGACAACCGCGGCAAAUAUUUGCUGGAGAGAGGCGAAGACCCGUUCGCAGAGAAGCUAGAAGACUUUCUCUCUGGGCGCAGUACCGCCGGAAAGCUCUUUCAGAGGUUCACCGGCGACCUACUAGCUACCUCGGGUCCGUCGAGAAGGUGAUGGUUAAGACGAACGUUUGUUUGUCCUGCCCACAUUUUCUCAUUUCUGUUUCCCCUUUAAUAGACUUUGCUUUGCACCACGAUAAGAAAUCGACGAUUAUGACGACGACGACGACGACGACAAGGAUGAUGAUAACGGCAGCACCACUUUACCCUCCACUUUUUUCUUU